AUGACACCUUCAUGGACACGAUUGAUUCGCUUCAUUGCGGAGGAAGAUGGCCAAGUCCACCUCGGCCAAGUUGACCGAAGUGUAUACCCCGAUUUUGGCGUCGCUGCCUUCAAAGGCGAAAGAAUAUCAACGCAGCUCAUACAAGGUUCAGUAUUUGACGGUGUUGUAACCUCCAAGGUUCUCCAUGUUGCACGGCUCCUCGCCCCUCUAACCUCAGAGGAUGUACCGAUCAUUCGUUGCAUGGGCUUGAACUACCGGGACCACGCUCGAGAAUCGAACAUGCCAAUUCCUGACAUACCGGUAUUAUUCAUUAAGCCGCGCACGGCAUUGAAUGGACCCUGGCCUGCCAGAAUCAAUAUUCCCGCGGUUGCGCAAGAUGGCUCUAGCGACUACGAGGCUGAGUUAUCAAUCGUUCUCUCAAGGUCUGGCCGUGAUAUACCCGAUUCAGAGGCGAUGAGUUAUGUGCUCGGAUACACGUGCAGCAAUGAUGUUAGCGCUCGUACGCAGCAGUUCAAGAAUAGCCAGUGGUGCUUCUCGAAGGGCUUGGAUGGCUCCUGCCCUGUUGGCCCAGUGCUAGUCUCUCCAGCAGAGAUUAACGAUCCCCAUAACUUGAGAGUCAAGGCAGUCCAUAAUGGAAACAUUGUGCAAGACACAAGUACAAGCGAGUUCAUCUUCGAUAUACCCAAGACCAUUGCAUUCUUGUCACAGGGCACUACAUUGGAAAGAGGGACGGUGAUCAUGACGGGCACUGGACCAGGUAUCGGAGCUAUGCGUAAGCCUGCCGUUGUUUUGAAACACGGUGAUGACAUGAGGGUAGAGAUUGAGGCAAUUGGGACAUUGAUCAACGAGGUCCACUACGAGUAG